UCAGCAGCUUAGACACAGGGAUAGUUGACAAAUAACAUGUCCAACAUGAUUUUAGGUUCAAAUGUAUAUAAAUGUAUAAAGGAAAGUGUAUAUUGAAAAAAAAUGUGCUUCAUGUGGUAACAUCUAAAUUGCCUCGUUUGAUUCAACUCAAAAAUACAAUUUUUAAGGGCUAGACCAGGUAGAAAAACCUCCUAUUAGCAAACUGUUGCAGGUUACUAGUUUUUGCAGUGUAUAUUGUAAGUGCUUUGACUGGUCACCAAUUUCUUUCAAGUUUUUACCAUGUUUAAUCACCCUUUGGCUUUUUUUUUAAAUAGACCUGUGUGAAAAAUGAAUUCUAAAAGUAUAAGUUCACCAUGUAGUCUCUAAAUUAAUCUGAGCUGAUAUUGUAAAUUCUAAACUUCAGUGCCGUAUGAAAAAGUCAGACAGUGUGUUUGCAACUAUUUUACUAUGCAUAUGCAAAGGUUUCUAAGUCACACUGUAGUUUAAACAACUUACCUAUUGUUUACAAAAGUCACAUGGAUUUAUGUGAAAGAGGAAAUAAGCCUCAGCAGACUGAAUUCACCUUAUUGAGGGGCCGGAUCACAUGUCCACUGAAACAAUUCUGGAAUGUAAUGGGAGAUUCAGGUUCAGACUUCAGCUUGAUAAACAAAGUGAAAGAGGUGCUCUCAAUACAUUUAACAAAACAGAUCAGGUUGCAGGAAGCCUAUUUUUUUCCCUUUCACAGUGUCGUGGCAUGUAUGUAGGUUGCACAGUGACGUAAAUGAAGUUUUCAUCUCGCAGGCAGUUCAGAAGCAAGCAAAAAGAAAAAAAAAUGCUGUUUAGAGAGAGAGUUUUAGCCCACUCUCAGAAACAAGUGGGUGCUCAGAAAUAUGUGACGUUCUGUAGGGAUAUGGAAACAGAGAGCCUCAGAUUUGCGGGAGAGUUUAGGAAAGCCCCAGAGAGCUGAGAGACUGAGAUAGAGUGAGAAGGAAAUGUAGAAAAGGAGAGGGGAGUGUCGAUUAAAGGGCUGCAGAGAUUCCUGUGAAGAGCUGUAACUAAACUUUGGUGACAGAUAGAGCUUACAGAGAGUGGAAACAAAGGAGGAAAGUCCUAAAAGUGAACAGGUGAAACAGAAUUCCAGCAAUUAUGUCAAGUUUAAACUAGACAAUCAAAAUGGGAAAGCAAAACAGCAAGCUCCGUCCUGAGGUGAUGCAGGACCUGAUGGAAAACACAGACUUUACUGAGCAUGAGAUCCAGGAGUGGUACAAGGGAUUCCUGCGGGACUGCCCUAGCGGUGCACUCACCAUGGAAGAAUUUAAGAAGAUCUAUGGCAACUUUUUCCCCUACGGAGAUGCGUCAAAGUUUGCAGAGCACGUCUUCCGGACCUUCGAUGCCAAUGGAGAUGAAACAAUAGAUUUCAGAGAGUUCAUCAUUGCUUUGAGCGUCACGUCACGUGGUCGUUUGGAUCAGAAGCUAAAGUGGGCCUUUAGUAUGUACGAUCUGGAUGGAAAUGGAUACAUAAGCAAGGCAGAAAUGCUAGAGAUUGUACAGGCCAUAUAUAAGAUGGUUUCUUCAGUGAUGAAGAUGCCAGAGGAUGAGUCCACACCUGAGAAACGCACAGAAAAGAUCUUCCGCCAGAUGGACACAAAUCGUGAUGGUAAGCUGUCACUGGAGGAGUUUGUAGAGGGCGCAAAGAAUGACCCAUCCAUCGUGCGACUGUUGCAGUGUGACCCAAGCAGUGCCGGCCAGUGAAUCAAUAGAGCGUCCCGCUACUGUCAUAACCUCUCUCACACAGGUCUUUCUGUUAAAUAUAACUGUAAUAUCAACAGAGCCUGGACUCCAAAACUCCACCCCAUUUAAGAGUCUGUGUGUUUCACCAGGCGAGAGGGAAACAUGGAAACAUGUAACCAUUUUUCCAUGGACACACAUCUGAAAAUGUUCAAAAACUUGCAUACUGAAAAACGCAAACACAUACUUUCCUGCACACUAAAAAGCUUGUGUUCACGUGUCUCUCCGCACUCUGGAGACCUCGUAUAGAGCUUUUUUUGACACAAUAGGUGGUGAUGUAUGUGACAUCACAUCCUGUUGUAAACCUUUGGUACUGAAAUGUACCCCCCUUACAAAUAACAAACACAGAUUUAGUGUUAGAUUUUAGCGUUAACCGAGGUUGGUUUAGAGCACAUUUAAGUAAAGUUGUCCGAGUAUUUCAAAUGCACCUAUAUGAUUGUUUAUACAAAAACUAUAUACCAAAAUAUAGUUUAUUAAUAAAUGGUUAUAAGAAUUUUUUCAUUUAAUUCAAUUUACACAUACAAUAACAAAUAUCAUUCCUAGAAUUCCUAGUAAUUCAAUUCUUUUCAGCACAUAAAUCUAUUGAGGAGAGGUACUUGGGCAGCACUUGCCCAUAUCAGAAUUUUUUACUUGAAGUUUUUAUGUUUAUUUUUAUUUUAAUGCAACAUUUAUUGCAUUAUGAUGUCAGAGCCUGUGACAGCAAAUCUUAAAGGGGCAGUUGAUGUACUUAAGACGAUGGUACUCCUUUUAGGAGCACAAGUAUAACGUAUAAAAUAAUUAAUUAAAAAUGUCAUUUUUAAUUAUUUAAAAAAAUUCUAUAAAUUCUAUAUUUAAAUACUCACUGCAGACACUGCAAAAACAAAAUUGUAAUAUUUUUAAAAGUAUUUUUGUCUUUUUUUUCCUGGUUAAAAUAUCUAAGGAUUUUUUAAGCAAGAAAAAGAAGCAGAAUGAUUAAAAUAUUAGAUUUUGUUAAUCUAACAAAAUUUGGUGGGGGUUUACGUUUAAAACAAGAAAAACUUUUUGUCUAUUGGGGAAAAAAAAUAAAUAAUAUAUAUAUAUAAAUGUAAUUUUGCUUCUAAAGUAAAUGUAUCUUAUUUUAAGAAUAUUUCAAUAUUUUUACUGGAAAAACAAGACAAAAAUACUCAGUAAGAUUUAUUUAUUUUUUUUACAUUUUUUUAAAUUAUUAUUCUUAUUUUUUUUUUUUUGCAGUGUAGGGCAAAUAUUAACAACAAAUAGUUGGAAAAUAUAAAAUUUCAACCAAACAAAAUAAUAUUUUCAUACGGACAACAGUUAUAUUUAUUUUGCUGCUUAAAACAUGGAACAUGAAAGUAUUAUACAAAGAAAAUGUAGAUAUUAUUUAUGGUUUUACUGGGUGGGUAAGUGAUGAACAAUUUACCACACCAAAAAAAAUAAAAUAAUUUGUUUUAUUAUAACGAAGCCGCUGUUAUUAUUCAAAUAUGACAUUUUCUUUUGUUCCAAAUAAUCAUUUGUACAGUGAAUGUAUAUAUAUAUAUAUAUAUAUAUAUAUAUGUAGGAUUGUGACAAUGAACAGCAAAGACCACACAUUACUAUGCACAUACACAAGCCACCAUGAACCAAUGCAACAUUUACUAUCAAAUACCAGCUUAUAGGUUCUUUUUACUCUAUCCACACCUUGAUUCUGUCAGAUUGUCUCACUAAACAAAUGCUAUAUGUUUGCAUUGUCAACAUGCAAGCAACAUGCAAAAAAAUAAAAAUAAAUGCUUACUGAACUUUAAUUGGACUUAAAUCUUGGCCUUUGGGUCUUUUUUAGUUAUUUUAUUUUUAUAUGCUAGGUAAAAUUACAGCUCAAGUCAUACUGCACGUACUACAUGUGGAUCAGCUCCUCAAACGGAAUGUAUUCUCUGCAUUUUCUGGGAAAUGUGUGCAUGUUUAAUGAUGAAUAUGUGUCUCUGUAUGUAUGCGAUAUGUAUGUGGUGCUUUUCAAGUACUGAUGUGUUUAUUCAGUGUUGUUUAUGCAUGUAUUGCAGUCACCACUUGUCAGAAAGGCCAUCACGGCAGAUCAUGUAUGUGUAAAGAUAUGUCUACACAACCUCAGGGUUAGCAGUGAUUAGUUUAAAAUGCCAGAGACUAUAAAAGAAUGACAUGUGCUUUUUCUCUGUAAUGCAAAUCCAUUUUAUACAUAAACGCACAAGCACUCAUUCAAACAUAAUAUUUAACGCAACAUAUAAAAUGUGGUUUCCACCUAAUUUGCUGUGAAAUCAAGGUUAUAAUGUUUAAAAACAUUCUUCAAGCCAUAUGCUCAGUGUUUAAACCGAACAAUUCACGAAGGAGCUUUUUUUUUUUUUGCAAUCAAAACCAACAAAAAAUGUAAUUAUUUCCUGCAGCUUUUGCAUUUUUGUGAUAUAUCCUUCAUACAAAAAAAUAACAAGCAUUUGGUUUAUUUUAUAUCUAAACUGCACAAGACAGCAGCAUGUGGUCAAGUGCCAAACACAGAUAAAUAUAUAUGGCAAAAUAAACAGUGUUCUGUCAGUUUAUGCUGUACAACUGUUAUCUGUCAAACUACAUGUUUGUCAUUAUCAUUUUGUAUGGUAGCUUGUAUAUUAUGUAAGUGUAGAUAUAAACUUGAUCAUAUCUAAAAUAAAAAGUAUUAAA